CAAGAGGACAAUGACAUACUCCGUCCCGACGUCACUGGCAGGCCAUAAAUAUCUGGGAGGAGAAUAGCGCUUCUGCCAAAAGCAAGCAAACCAACAAACAAAAUACCAUAUUCAACAACCCCAGAAAUCUCUACCCAGAACAUCAGACGACCCAAUACCGAAAAUCGCAGAAAAUAGACUACGUUGCACCAUCAUAGAAAGCGGGGUGGUGGCGGUAGAAAAAAAAAUCAUGUCGCUGCGGACGCUCCAGGAACGUCUCGUGCAGCUGCAGGAGACGACCUCGCAAAUACGGACCCUGAUCGAUCGACUGGGCAGCCUUAAACUGCAGCCAGGCUCCGUGCCGCUCGGGGACGACUCCGACAGCCAUUACGAUGACGGCAACGUGGUCACUGAGCUGGGCGUCGAGAUCACCCAGGGCCUCCGGGAGACUGAGGAGGACUUGGACCUCCUCCGCGAGGAGGUAGCAGACCUUAAGCCCGGCCGCGAUGGCAGCGAGGCUCAGAAGGACAGGAACCGCCUGCGCGAGUCGGCCGACAGGUUGGGUGCCGAACUGAAGCGCUGCCGAAUUUGUUUCCGCAAAGCGCAGCUCUCAGCCCGUCAACGCUUAGCCGCAGCCCAACGAGCCGAGCGGGCCAUGCUCGUGGCAUCAUAUGCUGCUCCGCCGCCUCAGAGCCGCUCCGACGCAUCGUCUCCGGUCCUGCAGCAACAGGGAGGGCAACAGCAGCAGCCGCCGCCGCCGCCACGACGACGACACCACCAGCAAAGAUCAACCGUCGGCAAUGACCCGCAGGACCAAGUCGUCGGCGCCGCGCACAACGUGACCUCGUCCCUCCGCCGCACCCACGACCUGAUGGCUGCGGAGCUGGCACGGUCCGCAUACGCGGCACAGGCGCUGGCAGAGAGCACGGCUGCCAUGCGAGAGCUCGACCAGCGGUACUCUGGGCUCGACGGCAUGCUCGCGGCGUCGAGGGACCUGCUGGGCACGCUGCUCAGGUCGCAAAAGUCGGACACGUGGUACCUCCAGACGGCGCUCUACAUGCUGCUGGCGACGGCCGCCUGGCUCGUCUUUCGGAGGCUUCUCUACGGACCCAUGUGGUGGUUCGUCUGGCUCCCGCUAAGGCUGCUCGGCAUAGGAGUCGGUGGCGGUGCGUCUCUCGUCAGCAAGGGUAUGAGCGGCUCCGGAGCGAGCAUAGAGGUUGCGGGCACGGCUGGGAGCGCGACCGUAGUCGACAUGGGGGGCGCGGCAAGUGUGCCGACCGCUCGUGUGGGAGCGGCGGAGAAGGCUGGUCGGAAAGAGGCUUCAGAUCCAGAGUCGGAAUUUGAAAAGGUUGGUAAGGUUAUUGACGAGGCUAAGGCCGACGCCGAUGAGACGACCAUCGAAAGUGCCAAAGGCCAAGACGUCUACCAUGAGUCCGAGGGGAACCCCAAGAAGCGCAUGUGGCAGGAGCCAGAGGAGGCAGCAAAGCAAGCGGCUUCUUUUGCUGGCGAUGAGGAUAAGUCAGGCGAGAGGGUGAAGGAUGAGUUAUAGUUUUAGACAAUCAACAGCGGGAAAUGAUAACGAAUACAAUUCGGCAACUCUACAUAGGUACAUUAUUAUGAAGCAAACAAGCUACGCGAUGGAAAGAGCAGAUAACAAGGAAUCGACAACGCUUUAUGUGAUAUCUAACUCUCUCUCUGUCUGUGAUCUAGAUAGCUUUAUAUGCUAGCUGAAACGGCCCUGUAAAUGCAAUGAAUAUUUUCAAUUCCAAC